AUGUCGAAACGAUCAGCAUCUGAUGUCAAUACAAGUAAUAAGCGCCGUAUGGGUGAAUUGUUUCAGUUGUUAAGUCAACACGUGGACGACAUACCAGAUGGUAUGUCAUGGGGUCAGGCAUUAGACUCAUUAAGUACAAUGCCUGAAGGCGCUAAUGUUAACGAGUGGUUAAAAAGUGUGAAACAAGACAAAAAUGAUGGUUUUGAUGUUCAAAACAAUAACAAAGAAAAUGGUGGAAAUGAAAGCAUUGUUAGCAAUAACGGUGUUGACCCUCGAUUAGAUGACAGCAAUGGUACUUAUAUGAAUAAUGUUUCACAAAAUUCAGAUGCUGAACCGGAUCCCAGAGUCAAUACACAAUAUGGCGGUGAACACUCUCAUGAUGAUAAUGAAGCAAUGAUUUCCGGAGCUCCUGACCCUCGAAAUGAAGAUGAAGAAGAUCUGAUGACUAAUAAUGAACCACAAGGUCAAUUAGUAUAUUCAUUUAACCGUCAACCUCAAAUCCAAUCUUAUGACAAAUUCAAGCGCAAACAGUACACUCAGCGAAUUAAAUUUAACCACAAUUUAAGAGAUUUGAAUGGAUUUAACGAUAUUGAAGAAGAGUUUUCGGAAGCCAUUGCUGAUGUUUGUUUACCGAUAUUUCAAAAACAUUCUGGUGAAGAUUUCUUUACAUUAAUUAUGUCAAAUGAAGACCUCAACAAACCAAUAUUUAUCGGUAACCGAAAAAUUGAAAACUUUGAUCGACACGAACCGCUGAGUUUGAUUAGCAAAAUUGCUCAAUCGAAUCAAACAUUUUAUAUGAGUAAUUUUGAUAUUACUUUAUAUGUAACGGAAACGCUUAAGGGAAGUGGACGCAAAACUAAAGCUCCAGAGACAACAGUCCAAAAAAGCAUUAGAAAGCGCUCUGUGGUCUCAAUUAACAAUAGUGAUAAUAGCUGCGGAUAUAGAGCUAUUUAUGUGGGUAUUCAAUGGUUUGCAAUGGGUUUUAAUACUUCAAGACUUCAUAACAAUCAAGAGUGGAAAAGAUUAAUUGGUCAAAGUUAUGGAGAUUUACCACAGCGUAAUGGAGCUCAAGAUCUUGUGGCAAAAAUAAAUCGUCAAUUCAACGCUAAUUUAGACUACAACCAACCGCUUAAAGCUAAUAACUUUCCUGUUAUUCAGCAGUAUUUAAAUAAUAUCGGUCCUUAUAAACUUAUGAUUAUUGAUGCCUCUGAUGAUGAAAACAUUAUUUAUCAGUCUGAAGAUAUAAUCACCGACAAUGAGAUAUGGCUUGAGUAUAUUAUACUCAAUAAAGUUGGUCAUUACAAUUUUAUUAAAAACAUUAAUGCAUACAGAAAUGACACAAAAGUUUGCAAUCAAUGUCAUACAAGACAUCAUGUAAUUGAUCACAAAUGUACAAAUUGUACAUUAUGUGGAUCAAAUGUUAAAUGUGAUAAAGUAGCAAUAGAUCAGUUAAUCGAGUGCGAUGUAUGUAAAAAAACAUUCAAUGGAAAUAUUUGUUAUGAUAAACAUAUAAACAACAAUAUAUGUCUUGAGAGAAAACAAUGUCAACUCUGCGAUGUUUGGUAUAAAGUGGACAAAAUCAAUAAACAUCAAUGCAACUAUCUCAAGUGUCGCAAUUGUGGUGUCAAAUACAAUUCAUGGACUCAACACAAUUGUAUGAUUAAUCCUUUAAAUCAUGAUAAACUUAAGAAAGAAGACGACAAAAUUAAAUUUAUAGUUUGUUAUGAUAUCGAAUCAAAAUGUGUUUGCGAUAACUGUUGGGAUGUAAAUUCACGUCAAAAAUCAACAAAUAAUUGCAAUACAUGUGGUUUAGGUCAACAAGUUUUUCAGAACAAAAGUUGCGUUAAGUCGUUUUUUGAUUAUCUAAUAUCCUUAUCACAAACAGCUGACUCACACAACAAUGCAAAAGUUUAUGUUUUCGCACACAAUGCUAAAGGCUAUGAUAGUCAUUUUUUAUUGCAAGAAUUAAUUAACUCUAAUUACAAGAAAAAACAACCCGAACUUAUUAUGACUGGAAUGAAAAUAUUGAAAAUGGUUUACUACAAUAUUGAGUUUAUUGACUCUUUGUGUUUGUUUCAACAACCAUUAGCAUCGCUACCGAAAUCAUUUGGAUUUGAAAGCGUUGUCACAAAAGGAUAUUUUCCUCAUUUAUUUAAUACUGAACCCACUGAAGAAUUUAUACCAACACAAUACAUAGGUAGAAUACCUGAUAUUAAGUAUUUUGGUAUUGAUCACAUGUCACCAUCAAAUGCUGAUUCAUGUCAAAAAUGGCACGAAGAGUACAUACAAUCAGGUCAACAAUGGGACUUUAAACAUGAAAUAGUUAAAUAUUGUCAAAAUGACGUCAAAAUAUUAACUAUGGCUUUAAUGGAGUUCCGCAAAUUAUUUAAAGAUAUCACCGGAUUAGAUCCAAUUACUCGAAAGUUUACUUUAGCUGGUGUUGGAUUGGAAUACUUUAGAACACAAGUAUUACAAGAAAAUAUAAUUGGAGUGACGCCACUUGAAGGAUACAGUAAUCGCCGAAAUAAAUCAAUAUCCGGAAAUGUAUGGCUAGAUUUAAAAGAAUAUGAAAUCAAUAAAAAAAUUGCUCGAGAAGUGAAAUUAGGUAAUGAAUUUGCUGAUGGUUUCUGUCACGAAACCAACACUGUGUAUGAAUAUUGGGGGUGUUAUUGGCAUGGGUGUCAUGUUUGCUUUAACGGAGAAAUUAGAAACGCUUCUCGCGGUGUAGGACGUAAAUCAUAUGAUGAAGUCUAUGACGAGACAAUAAAAAAGCUCUCAUAUUAUCAGCGAUGUGGCUAUAAUGUUGUCCAAAUAUGGGGACAUCAGUUCAAAGAUUUACUCGAAAGUCUACCACAAAAUAUAUCAGACUUUGUCAAUAAUAGACAAUUAGUUUACAAGUCUUUGAAAAAAUACAAGCCAAUAAACAUUAGAGAAGCGUUUUUUGACGUCACUAGUCUUUACCCGUAUGUCUUAUCGAAACGGUUAUUUCCUAUUGGACACCCGUCAGUUUUAACCGAUUUUAUUAAUACUUCAAUUGAUAAUUAUUUUGGAUUUAUUAAGUGCCGCGUAAUUCCGCCAAAACAGUUAUAUAUUCCAAUACUUCCCGUAAGAUAUAAUGGAAAACUUUAUUUUCCAUUAUGUAAGACUUGUUUAGAAUCGAAAUCAGAUGAUUAUUGUGUACAUUCAGAUUGUGAACGGAUGUUAGUUGGCACGUGGUUUAGUGAAGAGCUUAAAUGUGCAUUAAACUUUGGUUACAAAAUUAACUUAAUUAUUGAAGUAUUAAAUUACGAAGAAAAAUCAAGUGAAAUUUUUUCUCCAUAUAUUAAAACUUUUUUAAAAAUUAAAACUGAGGCAUCGGGAUGGCCAGACAAUUGCGUAACUGAAGAGCAAAAAAAUACUUUUGUCAGCGAAUUUAAAGAAAUAGAAGACGUUGAAUUAGAUGUCAAUAAUAUGGUUAAAAACUCUGGUUUGCGCACAAUAUCUAAGUUAAUGCUCAAUAGUUUAUGGGGAAAAUUGGCCCAAUUAUCUAAUCAGGGUCAAGUUAAAAUAUGUUCAAAUUAUAAUGACUAUUAUAGUUUGCUAACUGAUGCAAAGUAUAAAAUAACAGGUGAAGUACAUCCCAAUAGUGAAAAACUUAUAGUUAACUAUAAGUUAGUUGACGACAUCUUAUCAAAGCCUGGUAACACAUCAGUGGCAUUGGCUGCCAUGGUAACUGCUUACGCUAGACUACAUCUGUAUAGUAUACUACAUUCAAUUGAAUCAGAAGCUGACGGACGUGUAUUAUAUUUUGACACCGACUCUGUUAUCUUCAAACACAACGCGUCACAAAACUGGAGUGUACCAACAGUUGGUAAUUUUUUGGGUCAACUUACAGAUGAAAUAGAAAAAGACUUUGGAAGUGAAGCGUACAUCAAGGAGUUUGUAUCGUGCGGUCCAAAAAACUAUGGUUACAAAGUCGUGUUACCAAAUGGUAAUGAAAUAAACAAAUUGAAAGUUAAAGGUUUAGCAAUAACAGAAAAAGCUAAACAUAUUGUUAAUUAUUAUACAGUAGUAGAUAUUGCUGAUAAAUACAGUAGAGGUAUUUAUGAUAGUCGUCAAGUACCACAACAACAAUUUAGAUGCGAUAAAUUUCAUAACAUUAACACAGCAGUAUUUAAUAAAAAAUAUCAAGCAGUAUCCGAUAAACGUAUAAUAGUACAAUCACAUGAUGUAUACCAAACUAUUCCUUAUGGCUAUUGUUUAUAA